AUGGACGACGAAAACAUGGUAAAUAAGCUUGCCCGCAUUCCAGGCUCACUGGCGCAUAUCCUUACUUGCUAUCGACAGAACCAGCCUCGCGUCCAGAAUCGCUCCCGUAUCCCUCAAGGGACGCUGAGAGAAAUGAACUCUGCGACUGCCAACUCGCGAUCCGGACUCCUCCCACCUGGAUUCAUCGCGAACAAAUCGCUCUCCCGUAUGGCCUUCAGCGCAAUAGCUCCCCCGCGGCUGGUGACAAGCAAGGUAUCAGCUAACCCAUCUGAAGCGACCCGACCUACGACGGCAGGCCCCUACGAUCAAAAGAAGUCGGCGUCUGUUACGCGCUCAACUACCCCCGCUCCCAAGGCACACGCUCGCAACAAUUCCCACGCCGCUUCCACGAUGUCGCGCAUCGGUUCUACCACCGCUCGACCAACUCCGGGGUCCUAUACAGCAAGCGUCGGCCAUGGCGCUCGUCCAGCCUCUGCACUUGCGCAUUCUAACUCCUCCCUUGGUCUCCGAAAGCCCCUCGGUUCAUCAGUUCAGCGGCCGGCGACAUCCCUGGAUACCCAUGCCGAGGAUGGAGCUGGGAGUGUCCUUCCCCAAAAAAGAAAGGGUACGCAAUUUUCUUCCAUUAAUCGUUCUUCUUCUUGCCCCGUUGCCCCGGAGGACUCUCAUAGAUCUGGAUCAAUUUGCUAUGGAUCAACUGCGAAGUUGCUUGUUCCAUUUGAGGCUGGCCCCAAGGAAGGUGUAAACCACCCGGAUCAGGACUCGUUGAAGGCUUUAUUGGACCCAAGCAAUUUACCCCCCAAACCGCCUGAGGCUUUCCAAAACCAUGCUACCCCUUCCAAAUCAUAUUCCGUGCCUAUGCCUCCCGUCCGGACCCCCAGGAGCCCCAAGAGGCCACCACCACCUCUAUUUCUUACCAAGGAUUCAUCGACCCCAAGCUCUAACCAGAUCUUUCAAAACAAUGUAGACACCGAAUGGAACCACGAGUCCCGCGAACGCAAUAUGGACGAGAUGUUUAUGACGUUCAUGACCCGCAUGACACAACAAGGACAGGAAGCCUCCGGCUGGAAAGAUAGUGUGGAAAUCUAUAAGUCUCGGAUUUCCGAGCUGGAAAAGGCCCGCGACGGUUUAUCAGAGACCAACCUUUCUCUCAAGGUAGAGAUGGAGCAUCUCAAGCAACAACUAACCACCGCAGAGAACGCGAUGAAAGAGGCCCGCCGAGAGCAAGAAAUCGCUUUGGACGACUUAGACCGACGACAGCGUGCCGAAUUGGAGUCGAUCAAACAAGAAAACAAGAAAGAGCAAGACGCCACGGCCGCCUAUCACCGAGAGCAGCUUCGCGAGCUCAAACGCAAGUUCGACAGCGAAAUUGAAGACGAAAAGGCAAAGCGAGUCCGGGACCUCAGCCAGUUAACAUCGCAGUCAGCUAUGGACGUCCAGAAAUCGCAAAUUGAGUUAAACAACAAGGAGCGGGAGCUGGCCUCUUUGCGCACUGAUUUUGAAAACUUGAAGUCCGAUUUGGAUCGAGAGCGCAAGAUUGUGCAUGACCUUCGACACAAUCUGGAUACCUCGAACAGCAACAGCGUGACCCUGGAGUCCACCAUCAGGGCGCUGAAAGCACGCAUUGAGUUCCUCGAGGGUGGCCGUGAGGAACAAUCUCAGGCAUUCGAAAGCUGCAAUCAACGCAUGAUGGAUGCUUUGGCAGAGACUGAGGCUACCAAGGAAAAGCUUCGCAAGGAAGAGACUCUUCGCCGUAAGCUUCACAACCAGGUGCAGGAAUUGAAGGGCAACAUCCGGGUCUUCUGCCGAGUUCGCCCGCCGCUCAACAACGAGCCAGCUACCAUGAUUGCCCCAAUGCAAUACCCGGAUGAUGCCGAGGAGUCGAAAGAAAUCAAUGUGCAGGGUCCCGAGGAGAAGACUAGCCUGGGUGCCGUCACUCGCAAGAACCACACCUUUUCUUUCGACCGGGUCUUCGGUCCCUCUUCCCAGAAUGCUGAAGUUUUCGAUGAAAUCAGUCAGCUUGUUCAAAGCGCCCUGGAUGGCUACAACGUGUGCAUCUUUUGUUAUGGCCAGACUGGUAGCGGCAAAACCCAUACCAUGUCCUCUGGCGACGGUAUGAUUCCACGUGCUGUGCACCAGAUCUAUGAUACUGCGCGGGGUCUAGAAGAAAAGGGAUGGCGUUACACUAUGGAAGGCAAUUUUGUUGAAGUCUAUAACGAAAACCUCAACGAUCUCCUUGGGAAUCCCGACGAACUUGACAAGAAGAAGCACGAGAUUCGCCACGACAUGCAACGAGGAAAGACCAUCAUUACCGAUAUCAACACCGUCGAACUUGAAUCCCCCGAGAUGGUUGAGUCGAUCCUUGAGCGUGCGGCUGCCAACCGGUCUGUUGCUGCUACCAAAGCCAACGAGCGUUCCUCUCGGUCCCACUCUGUUUUCAUUCUGAAGCUAAAAGGCGAAAACCACAUCACUGGCGAGCGUAGCGAAGGUACUCUCAACCUCGUCGAUCUUGCCGGUAGUGAGCGUUUGAGCCACAGCGGCGCCACAGGCGAGCGUCUCAAGGAGACCCAAAACAUCAACCGCAGCUUGAGCUCUUUGGGCGAUGUUAUUGCCGCCCUUGGGCAAGGCAAGGACGGGGGCCACAUCCCCUAUCGUAACAGCAAGCUCACAUAUCUCCUUCAAUUCUCUCUUGGUGGCAACUCCAAGACCCUCAUGUUUGUCAUGGUCAGCCCGUUACAGGCUCACCUGUCGGAGACUUUGACAAGCUUGAAGUUUGCCACCAAAGUUCACAAUACCCACAUUGGCACCGCUAAGCGCCAGGCGCGUGUCCGCGACUGCUGA